AAUUAGAAGUCUCCUCUCUCCACAGCAGAGUGGGUGCGCAGCCAGUCAAGCCUCCCCGGAAACCCAAAGCUAAAACCCUAGAGCUCGCGGAGGGUUUUGUCGAUAUGGCGACGGCGGAGCAGAAGGGGAAGAGGCCGAGGAUCGAGGCGGAGGAGGGCGACCGCAUCGACGACGGCCUACUGCUCUCCAUCGAGAAGCUCCAGGAGAUCCAGGACGAGAUCGAGAGGGUUAACGAGGAAGCCAGUGAUAAAGUCUUGGAGGUGGAACAGAAGUACAAUGAAGUUCGCAGGCCAGUUUAUACUCGACGGAAUGAAAUUAUCAAGGAAAUUCCGGACUUCUGGUUGACUGCGUUUCUAAGCCAUCCUAUGCUUGGUGAACUUCUAACUGAAGAUGAUCAAAAGAUAUUCAAACACUUGGUGUCUAUCGAUGUGGAUGAGUUUCAAGAUAUUAAAUCAGGCUACUCCAUUACUCUUGCAUUCUCUUCUAAUCCAUAUUUUGAAGAUACAAAGCUUACAAAAACAUGUUCGUUCAGUGAUGAUGGGAAAAUAACUGUGAAGGCCACCACCAUUAAUUGGAAGGAUGGAAUGGAUAUUGCAAAUGGAAAGGCAUACACGGAGAAUGGGGAGAAACGACUAUUGAUUGAUGAGAGUUUCUUCACUUGGUUCAAUGAUGCAAAGAACAAAAGUUUUUCUGAUGGAGUGAUGGAUGAGGUGGCAGAUGUUAUCAAGGAAGAAUUGUGGCCUAAUCCUUUGAAGUAUUUUAACAAUGAGGCUGAAGAUGAAUUUGAAGAUGACGAGGAUGAAGAGGGAUUUGAUGAAGACGACGAUGAUGAAGAUGAAGAAGAGGAGGAAGAUGAUGAGGAGUGAAGCCUUCUUUCAUGCUGAAUUUCAAUUGGCUUCGACAACUCCCGUGCAUGUAGAGUGGAGAUCCCGGGUCUCCUGGGGACUGAAAAGCAAGGUGUCCCCUUUUGUGGUGUUUUGUUGCUUGACUUAGCUGGAUCUGUAGGAUUCUAAGCUUUUUUUUUUGAGAUGGUAGGAUUCUAAGCUUGAUCUGUGGGAACUUGUUUUGAUCUGCUCAUACAUUUGGAGUCCUGCAGAUUCCCAUAUGUGGCACUUCAAAGUAUAUUGUUAUUGUGGGAUGCAGUAGUUCCGGAUAUGCAAGGUGUCUGUUUCCUGAGAUACAGUUGCUUUAACGACGGUUAGUCGACAAUAUUUAACUAACUUAUAUGGU